GGCGUGCGCCAAGGCUUCGUCAGGAAGCGGCUCCCCGUGCCGUGCCGGCCACCAGGGAUGGCCGCGGCAGGACCGGACCUGUACGAGAGCCUGCAGAUCCGCUACCCACCCAGCCCCGCUCGAACGCCGGCGCUUGGGUCCCCUCUGGCCGCAUCCCGCUGGACGCUGGGCACCGUCCUGGCCGUGGGCACGGGGGUGAUCCUGGUGCUGGGGGCUGCCCUGGCAGUCCUCAUCACCCUGCAUGUGCAGGGCCAGGCGGAGCUGUGGGCAGCACAGGCAGAGCUGGCGGCAGUCAGGGCCCCUCUGCUGCCUGACCCCAAUGGUCCUUGGAGCCCCAGUGAGAGCCCAGCAGCAGUGCAGAGGCAGAAGGAGCAGCUCGGGCGGUGGCUGCAGGGACUGUCCCUGGGCUGGCGGUACCACCGGGGGAAGAUCUACUACUUCUCAGGGGAGCAGAAGCCCUGGGGUGACGCGGAGGCCACCUGCCGCUCCACGCACUCCCACCUCACCUCCGUCACCAGCCCCGAGGAGCAGGACUACCUGGCGCAGGAGACGAGGGGAAAAUCUUACUGGAUCGGACUGGCAGCCACAGGCCCCGGGGGCUCCUGGCGCUGGGUGGAUGGGGCUCCCUAUUCCCAGGCCCAGAGUUUCUGGGCACCGGGGCAGCCGGACAGCACGGAUUAUGGGCGCUGGGGCGGGGAGAACUGUGCCCAGAUCCACCCCGUGGGCAACGGCCUCUGGAACAACCAUAACUGCAACUUCAGCUUCCCCUGGAUCUGCAAGAGGGACCUGAGCAGGCCCUGAUGCCACGCU